CCACUUAUUACGAGUGCAGAAACAUGGUUCUCUGCAGCUCCGAUAAUGCUGCGCAGACGAUGAAAACAUGUGGGUGCAGAGAGAAGAUAAGGAACCGUUUCAGAGUUCCUCAUCUGGUACUGAGAGUACGCUGCGGUUUCCCCUCCAUGAAGCUACCGAGGGGAUGCAGGUUGGACGGCAGAGAGUCCGAGUCUUUCAGACUAAACGAUGACAUGUGAGCGACUCGUCCGGCUGCUGGCUCUUUACCUGACGCUCUGCGCCGCCGCGGCUGCUGGAGACGUUCGGGAUUUUAAACGGAAAGCUUCCAUUCUUCUAAAGGAGGAACCGAAGAACCCGAAAUGCUUUGCGGAGACCAAGAAGGACUUUGUGUGUUUCUGGGAGGAAGACGAGGAGCGGGCCGGUUCUGUGGAUCAGUACUCCUUCACAUAUGCCUACCAAAAAGAGAACGGCAGCACGUGCGCGCUGCAGGUCCUGCGGUCAGCAGGUGGGAAGCGGCUCUUCGUGUGCCGCUUGGACCGGGUCCAGAUGUUCGUCCAGCUGGACAUCCGAGUUUAUCGGGAGGGGAUCCAGAUCCACAACCGCAGCCUUCUGAUCGAGCUUCUGUUUAUGCUCGACCCUCCCAAGAAUGUGACGGUGAGCAGCACAGGCCGUCAGGGCCAGCUGAACGUGAGCUGGGUGGCGCCGUCUCUGAAGUACAUGGACGACAGCAUGAUCUACGAGGUUUUCUACGCUCGCGCAGACAGUCACGUUGGGCAGGUGGAGGCGAUACAAGCCUGCUCCGAGAUGAUCCUGAGGGGCCUCGAGGCGAGUACAAAGUACAGGGUUCAGGUCCGGGUCAACCUGGAUGGCAUCACCUAUGACGGGUUCUGGAGCGCCUGGAGCGACCCUGUGUUCAUAGAGACUUUGCCUGCAGAACUCGACCCACUUAUUGUGUCCCUGACCUUCAUCGUCUCCUUCAUCCUUGUUCUGCUUUGUCUUACCAUGCUUCUGUCCCAUCACAGGUUCCUUAUCAAGAAACUUUGGCCAGCUGUUCCAACUCCUGACAGCAAGUUCCAAGAUCUUUUCACAGUUUAUGGUGGGGACUUCAAGGAGUGGUUAGGACAGACCAGUGGAAGCUUAUGGCUGACUUCCCCUUUCAUCCUCUCUGAAGAAUGCCCUUCUCCAUUGGAAGUACUCUCUGAACUCCACCUUUGUCCUCCGCUGUCCUCCCCACCUCUUCCACCAAAGGCCUCAAAAGCUUUGACCCUUGUUAGAAAUGAGGACAGGGGUUUGAGCAAAGGUCUUCUUGACGGAGAGUCAGUGGACAGGGUUGAUGCCCUUCAAACAAACGGAUGGAGGAGCCCACUACAAGACCACUGGCUGUUGGAUCGUCUGAGGGAGUUCCAACAACACCCCGUCCCCAGGUCCCAGUGUUCUCUACUGGAAUCUCAAGACACUUACAUCACCCUCAGCGGCAACAAACGCACUGAAGAAGAGCACAGGGAGGACACUCUCGAUGAAGCCUUACCCCCUGGGGUGUUUUUUGCCUCCAGAAAGCCACCCAAGAGUGAGUCUCACUCUGACCUGGGCUCUGUGCAGCAAAGCUCUGGUUCUGGGAACCUUUCAUCUCAAUCCAGCUUUGAGUAUCCAAACAAUGUCUGGAUAGCCAAAGAUCCUGGAUACACCUACAUGGCAGUUGCAGACUCUGGGGUCUCCAUGGAUUACAGCCCAAUGAGUAGAGCUGACGACAUUGGCAAAGUGGUUAUCUAUGCCAAUGACUACAAAAAUGAGAUUCCCCCUCAUAGAAGACCUUUCCUGGUAAGGCAGUGCCCUGUCCAUGAUGAUGGCUGAGAGGACACCAACUUGAAUUGGAGGGCUGGAGAACAGCAUAUGGAUAUUCAUCGCCGGCUAAUGAUGGCCUCUCAUCAACUGUUAGGAAAAUAUAGCCAACAGACUCAAAGAGAAUGACACUUUGGAUAUUCUGUAAAGGACAUGAUACUUCCAUUUGAAGCAAUAUCAACUGUGAUUCAUAGCAAAUAUUAAUGCUCAACACUAUCCACCAAACCUUCCAGAUUAGAUUGGAAAAAGUGUUUCCAGUGUUUUAUAUUUGAAAUAAUUGUGUUCUUGUUUAUCCUUCAGUGACAGGAUUGCUACAACACCUCAGGCAUGGUGAAAAGAAAGACUGCUCUAGAAGGUCUUUCUCUGGAAUUAUUUUAUUGUGAACAAUUUUAUUAAGAAAAGCAUAAUUAAGCUAUUAUUACCUCAGUUUUAUUCUGUCUAUAGUAGCCUAACCUAAAUCUGUAGAACUAUGCAGGCAUUAUUCUCUGGCCCCUAAGUCCUUUUCUAGUUGUUUAACUGAUUUUUGGGCCUUAAAGUGGUUAUAAGAGUCUGUAUCUGUAUACUUUUAUAAAUCUGUUUUAUACACUUGCAUUUUAUUAGGAAUUCAAAAUAUUGCAUUAAGUGCUAGCAGCAGUUCCUCUUAGCUAACAAUGUUAGCUAGCUAAUAUGCUUACGCCGCCGACAAUGCUAAAGUUUGUUAGAUUAUGAUGUACCUUACAUGCAAUGUUUAUCCAAUGUGUUAGCAUGCUAACAUUUCGUUAUUAGCACAGAACACAAACUGAGGUCAACUUUUUGUUUUACCUUUUCAUGUUCAGACAAAGGAACAACAUUGUCGUCAACAUCCAAACCUUCUUGGAAAGUUGGUGCUACAUAAAAAGGUGGUCAGAAUAUUCAGGAAUUAUACACGUCCAGAAUUAACUUGGCAUGUUUUGACAUUAGUAAGGCAACAUAAAAAUGAAUGAUCGUUUAAAUUGAAUUGCAGCAGACCUACAUCACGACUUGGAUUUUGUAUGUUUUUGUACAUUUUCCUCUCAUUUUGCUCAAUCAGAAGGUUGUAGGUUCAAUUCCAGCUUCCUCCUGUCACACGUUGAUGUGAUGUGCGGGCAAAGGGGCAAGUUGAUAAGUUGCUUGUCAACCUGGUGUCGGUGUAAAAAUGUGUUUGUGAGCCCAAAUGGAUUAACGUGGCUGUAGUGUGAAGAACUUUGAGUCGUGAGUGUGAUUGGAAAAACGCUGUAGAAGUUCAGUUCAUUUACCAUCAUGCUGAUUUACCAAAACGACAUAAUAUUACUAAUGCUCACUGCUGGGUCACUUCUACAUCUAAACUCUAGAAUAUUUGUGUGAAAUAUGAAAUUCUUAAAUAAUUGCACUGUUGUUUCAGAUAAAGAUAGUAUUUUUUAAAAUCAUUUAUCAAAAACAAAAUUUUAAAGUAUAUUCAGUGAAGUUCUUAUUACUGUAGGCUAUGCAGCAUUGCAUUAAGAUAAUUACAUUUAGGCAACUGUACUUGUUUAAUAAUUUCUUCUGUUGUACAUCUUUGGGCCAACACUGAGAGCAGAACCUGGCAGACUGGAAUUUUCCAGGCUACUGCGGUUCUGAUUAACCUUUUAAUAAGCUUAUUUGCUUGCUUUGAAGGAUAAACUUGUUGCAGCUGAAAUUGUAAAUGGAAAUGUAUUACUGAACUUCUAACCAUUAUUGUUUUGGGGGUUUUUUUGUUGUAAAAAGUGUGCAUGAAGCAACAGAUCCAGAUUUGUAGGGGGAAAAAAAAAAAAAUCUGAAACUGUUUGCCUUUCAAUCAAUCACAUUGAAAUCACAACUGACUUGAACAUUCAAAUUUGUAUUUCCUCAGACUUAGACACAUCUUGUAAGCCUAAAAGCUUUUUUUAUUUUCACAAAAAAUACAUAUUUGUGAUAUAUUUGCUUUAAUAAUAAGUUCUGAAUAUAUUUUGAUUAAAAAAAACAAAUGAA